CAGAAUCGUCUCCGUCGCUUCAGACAGAAGAAGCCACCAUCAUGUCUGACUGCAGGAGACAGUGGAACCGGGAGGAUGAGCUGCCGGUCUACUUCGCGGGUCCGAUCACCACCGGGCCGAACCAGCGCAAAUCCUUCGGGAUGUUCAGUUCCGUGGAAGGGGCGUUCGACAGCAAGACCAUUGACUUCGAUAACUACGCGGUGGGCAGGAAGGGGAGCCGCACCCCGAGAAGCGGGAGCCGGGAGAGGGUCUUGGAGACCGGUGACCCUGUGGGGAAGACACCCAGGGAGGCUCCAGAGGGAUCGAGGAGCAGCCCAAGCGGGGAAGCAGAUGAUGCUCGGAGCGGCGUGGAAGUACGAUUUACAUCUGAGAAGGAAAGCCCUAAUGAAAAGGGUGAAAAGUUACUGAUCAAAGGGGGUAGGGUCGUUAAUGAUGACCAGUCUUUCUACGCCGAUGUUUACGUUGAGGAUGGGAUCAUUAAGCAGGUGGGGGAGAACCUGGCUGUUCCAGGUGGCGUCAAGGUGAUAGAAGCCAAUGGUCGUAUGAUAAUACCCGGGGGAAUAGACGUUAACACAUGCCUGAUGAAGUCCUACCUUGGCACGCAGCCUGUUGAUGAUUUCCUUCAGGGCACCAAAGCUGCACUUGCUGGCGGCACCACCAUGAUCAUGGAUCACGUGACCCCUCAGCCCGGUGACAGUCUGCUGGAGGCGUUUGAGCACUGGCAGGAGGCUGCAGAUAAAAAGGCUUGCUGUGACUACUCUCUGCAUGUUGACAUCCCCCAGUGGAACGAGACUGUUAAGGAUGAGCUGGAACUGCUGGUGCAGGACAAAGGCAUCAACUCCUUCCAGUUGUACAUGGCUUAUAAAGAUUUGUACCAGUUGACAGAUGGUCAGUUGUAUGAGGCUUUCUCCUUCCUAAAGCAGCUGGGCGCUGUGGUGUUGGUUCAUGCUGAAAACGGAGACCUGAUUGCACAGGAACAAAAGAAAAUCUUGGAAAUGGGAAUUACUGGCCCUGAAGGCCAUCCUCUGAGUCGACCUGAAGAGCUGGAAGCUGAAGCAGUAUUUCGUGCCAUUACUCUUGGAAACCGAGUGAACUGUCCCGUCUACAUCACCAAAGUGAUGAGCAAGAGUGCAGCCGACACCAUCACUCAAGCCCGGAGGAAAGGUUCUGUAGUUUUUGGAGAGCCGAUCACAGCAAGCUUGGCAACCGAUGGCUCUCAUUAUUGGAGCAAGAAUUGGGCCAAGGCAGCUGCUUAUGUGACAUCUCCCCCGCUGAGUCCUGAUCCCACGACUCCAGACCACCUUCACACACUACUGGCCUGUGGGGACCUUCAGGUGGUGGGGAGCGCUCACUGUGCGUACAGCACUUCCCAGAAAGCAAUUGGCAAAGAAGAUUUCACCCUGAUCCCAGAGGGGACCAAUGGAGUCGAGGAGAGAAUGGGUUUUGUCUGGGAUAAGGCUGUGGCCAUGGGAAAAAUGGAUGAAAACCAGUUUGUUGCAGUCACGUCAACCAAUGCAGCAAAAAUCUUCAAUCUGUACCCACGGAAGGGACGCAUAGCUGCAGGCUCUGAUGCGGAUAUUGUCAUAUGGGACCCUGACAAUGUGAAAACCAUCACAGCCAAACUGCAGCAAUCAGCUGCAGAAUACAACAUUUUUGAGGGUCUGGAGUGCCGUGGUGGCCCAGCCCUGGUGAUGAGUCAAGGUCGGAUAGUUUACGAAGGGGGCAAACUACAGGCUCAGCAGGGCACUGGCCGGUUUCUGCCACGCAAACCCUUCCCUGACUAUGCUUACCAGCGGGUCAAGUGUAGGAAUCAGGUAAAGAGCAAACAGGGUGUCACCCGAGGGAUAUAUGAUGGCCCUGUGUACGAUGUUGCUCCUACACCCAAAUACAUCACCCCCGCGCCGUCUGCCAAGACUUCACCCACUUCUCACCAGCCACCACCGAUACGCAACCUUCACCAAUCCAACUUCAGCCUUUCAGGUGCUCAGAUUGACGACAACAUCCCUCGUAGGUCUGGCCACCGCAUAGUAGCACCCCCUGGUGGUCGCUCGAAUAUCACCAGCCUUGGCUAAAGGCUUGGCUCUACAUAAGCCACUGCUGGUUUGGGAUUUCACCUUUUGAAAGUAUGACUGCCACGAAACAUUACUUUGUUGUCCACUCCAUAAUUGUUGCUUUUACAGCUUUGCACUAAAUGUAAGAGUGUAUGAUUCACAAUGAGAUACCCUAUUUAAAAUCCUUUUUCAUUUUAAAUAUCAUAACACUAGUAACACUAGUCAUGAUAUUGUUUUGUUUUUCCUUUUAAGCAUGACUUUCUCUUUAUACUUCUUUACUGUCCACAACUUAAUUAGCAAAUCUGCUCUGACAUGGUGCUACUUUUCCACCACAAGGUGGACUGCAGAAGACCUAACUUAUUUUGUAUUUUAUCUGCUCUUAGUUUGAACACAUUUAGAUAAUUUAUUUUAGUUAAACUAAAAAACAUAAAAAAAAUAAAAAAAUCAGCUUUACAUAUGUUGUUGCAUGGACAAAUCUUUAAAUGUUGCACUACUUGUUAAUUGUGGCAACACAUUACACACGAAACUGCACUAGAAGCACAUUUGUAUUCAACUGCACAAAUAUAUUUGUAUACUGGAAAAUGUAGAUGCUUUAAUGAUGUAACCACAUUCACUGUUGCUGUUUCCAGAUCCAAAACAUAGGCUUCACUUGGAAGUUCUUGCAACUGCAAUAAAAACAAAGUGAGCGUCCUCCACCAAAUACGUUAUGCAAAUGUGUUAAUGUUCGCCAAUAAAAUGUAAAAGUAGCUCAGUAGCUAAAUGAAAGCAACUGUAGAGUUCGGCUUCAGACUUGUGUACCAACAUAACAAGCUUCCUCAGCAAAUACUUGAUGUUGUUUGUGAGUUUCCUGCCAAUCACUGUUGCCAGGAAUGGAUCAUUGUUAUAAACCCUGAGCUCAAAGCUGUAAAAAGGGCUUCAGAAACCUUUCUUGCUCUUUCAAUCAAUUUUUGUGAUCUGUUUAUACUUCUUUUGAUUAAUUCUAGGUGUUUUCUUUGUUUUGUUACAUUCAGUGUUUCAGAACUGCUCCAUUUUUCUUGUUGUUCUCCAAUGUGUCUGUUGGUACCACUUAUUAUAAAUAAAGACUGCACUGUUGUCAAAACCAGUUGUGAAAAAAAAAAAAUUAAGAGCAUUUUUUCAGUUGGGGAAAAAAUUCUUAUGAGCAAUAUUAAAUAAAAUAAAAUAAAAACAUUUAAAUUCCAUUAUGGCAACCCAAAACAAGUGUAUAAUAAUAUAAUAACACAAUAUCCUUGGGCUAUUCAAAUGUUCUCACAUGCACAUUUGCCUUUGCGUAAGAGAUCCGAUUCUUCAUUUUUUUUUUUUUCCGUCUGGCAGCAGGUGGUAUAACGUCUUCCUGAAAUUCCUCUACAUGUUUGGCACACCUUUCCUUUGGAAGUUUCUCAGACUCUGCUUGCCAGAAUCAUUUAAGCUCCAGCAGACUGGCUGGGAAACAUCAGCACACAGCUAUUUUAAAACCAUUCGAUAUAAUCCUUUUAUAUUAGAAGCCUUAUUACAAGAAUAUCCUAACAGAGACAGACUUUAGCUCAUCCACAAAUGGUCACAAAGAAAUACAAGAAUAUACACAGGUAAUGAUGCAUGAAUAUGUGUAUGUGAACAUUAACGGCAGCAAAACAUCAAUACUUUAAAUGGAUCCCCUUUUCUCUGUGAAGCUAAUUAUAGAUUGUUGUCACAGUAAAUAACAGCUAAGAUUGAACAAAUAUUACCAAAUGGUAUUUAAUGAAAUGACUGAAAUAGUUUGUGAACAAUUCCAAAAAAAUGGUAUCAUCAACAAAAAACAAAAACUGAUGUAAUAUGGCGACUCUAACUUAAACAUUCCUUGUUUAUGUUAAUUGAUCAAAUACACACAUGUUGACAAGAAUACAAUACCUUGGAGAGAGAACACUUUCCUGACAUCUUGUCUUCAGAUAUGGAGGUUUUUUUCAGGACAAGCAACCCACUUGGCAUUUUAAGAGAUCACAGGUUUGUGCUCAGUGCAUUAAUUUUAUAUUCCAUGUAAGUAGAGGAACAUACAUUUCCAGUUCAGAAUAGUAGAUAUUCUGGCUUUUCUUAUCUCUUGCAAACUUCACUGCAUUAAUUCUACCUAUUGUGUUCUAGGCCUCUUCUUGAUUUUCUAAGUGAAAAGCAAAUUUUACUUUUAUCAUAAAAGAAGACUUUGGUAAACUGAACAACAGUAAGGUUAUUUUUCUUCCUAGCGGACCGGGUUAAGAAUAAAUCACUAGUUGUAUGCAGUGACUCCAGCAACUCCAGACUGGAAUUUGUUUUACAAUCCUUCAUGGAUCAACAUGAUCCAUGAUUCAUGUUGCCUUUUCACCGUUUUCAAAUUUUUUCUUCCUCUCAACUUUUGAUUUCAGUGAACCCUGGCUGUAACGUGGUUAAUCUUUCACGGCCUUGCUGUUUCGCUGAUUUUUUUGUGCAGUUUUAUUUUCACAGUGCAUUGUGUUCUGCAUCCUGAUUGGCUAAACAGUCUCCGUACUUCUUCUCCAUAUACCGUAAUGUGCCAAUAAUAUUACGGUAUUUAAAUAUACAUAAUACAGCUUGGCAAAUUUUGGCAAAUAUUUUUGCCCAGAAGAAAAAAAGAGCAACACCAACUACUGAUAAGUAUGUUCUUCUCUUGAAAAAGCACACCUGCACCACAGGCUUCAGAAGAAAAAGACACUACAGAGUGUCACAGUCAGAGGCACAGUGAAAUACGUGAGUCACAAUUUGUCCUAGUGUACUUCAUAUUGAUGAUUAAAAUGAUUAUUUUACUGUAGUUAUUUGUAAGAAAACAUUCCACUUGUUAAAAAAGUAUUGGGCCUGAAAACAGGUUAUUUUCCUGUGGUUUCAAUGUAGAGUAUUUAAUUAUGCUGUAUAACAAUUGUAAAAAAAAAAGGUAACUACUUCACAGAUUUUGCUUAUCACGGGUUCUUUUUGGAACCCAACCCCUGCGAAAAACGAGGGUUCACUGUAUUAAACUAUUUUCAUGUGGCAGUAAUUGCAAAUAAAUUGU